AUGGCACCAUCUGCCUCGCUGCAACUGCAAGAGUCUGUCGGUAAAAGGAUGCCAACGCAAAUAAGUUUGUGCCUGCCACUUGCGUCGCUCCUCAGCUCCAGGUCCCGUUCUCACACCAUCUGGGUCAUUUUUCCUCUCAUCAUUUCGUCUCUUCUAUUUCUACUCUUUCCGUUUCCUCUGUCUUGUCCUCAAUACAUCGAAUUGCCCUUUUCUUCGUGUUUGUUCUACCACCAUGACCAGAGACUAACAUCGGUGUUCCCAGCAUAUUUGGUGACACCCCUCGUUUGGGCAGCUGAUCGGCGCGGCGCACCUUCAGCUUGGCAACCGGAGCGCCGCGUGGCGGCUGGUCUUCAUACCUGGAUUAUCUGCAAAGCAAUUUGGACUGAUCUCGAUCUGUGCCCUCAUACCACCGCUGUCUCCGAACAGCUCACAUAUUCUGAUCAUCCCUCCUUCGCACACGACGGUGCAGCCGUCGCCCGUCCCGGAAUGUUGCCCGCUAUCCCCCGCUCGGCCCUUAAGUUGAAGUCCCGCAUUCCGUGCCUGAAGGAUUUACAUCUGAACUUCAUACUCAUUCACUAUGUUUAUAUCAUAUCGACAAUUCUGAUUACCUCCAUUAUUAUCUAUCCUGGAAGUGAUCUCAAGUAUAUCGAUGCGCUCUUCUUCUCUGCGGGCGCUGCCACGCAAAGUGGCCUGAAUACGGUCGACUUCAACCUGCUUCAUACGUACCAGCAGGUCAUCCUCAACUGCGUUACUAUGCUUACUACCCCUAUUUUCAUUCAUACAGCUGUUGUCUUUAUCCGUCUUUCCUGGUUCGAGAAACGCUUCCAACACGUCGUCCGCAACGCUCGGUCGCUCCGCAGUACCAGGUCUCGACCUCAGCCAAUCAGCGAAGACGGCCAUCUGCACUCUCACAGCCAGGGAGGAUCUGGAAUCAAUGGGCAUCCUAUAGUGGUGUUACACUUUACCCGCGAGAGAGGCCCGCACACCACGAUCAAUGAUCUAGAUACAUUGUGGACAACCACGCGAAAUUCAGAUCCUUCACCUACAAUAUGGGAGACAAAGGAAGAGGGCAAUCCGUCUCCGCUUGCUCAGCCAUUCACCCGCAAGCCAACUUUCACCGGGAUUUUCCGGUCUCUGACGCAAGAAAAGGGUCGGCCCACGCUUCCUUAUCUCAGCUGA